AUGAAUAUAUGCAAGAACCUCAAGCCCACCAUGAGGCAAUUGGAUGGUUUCACAAAGUAUUGUCGAGCAUCAUAUUUUGCCUUCAUACAUUCGUCCCCAAACUUCUCAGUAGAAGUUCAUACUCCAGAUCAGGAAGUAGUGAUUGCUUUAGGAAGCAAUGUGGGUGACAGACUGCAUAAUUUCAAUGAAGCUUUGCAGUUAAUGAGAAAAUCAGGCAUACACAUCACAAGACAUGGUUGUUUAUAUGAGACAGCACCAGCCUAUGUGACUGAUCAGCCUAAUUUUCUCAACUCUGCUGUUAGAGCUGUUACACAACUUGGGCCUCAUGAGUUAUUAGGAGCACUGAAGAAAAUUGAAAAAGAAAUGGGUCGUACUGACGGUAUAAGGUAUGGUCCCAGGCCAAUUGACUUGGAUAUUUUGUUCUAUGGAAAGUUAAGAGUCAGUUCUGAGAUUCUUACAGUCCCCCAUGAAAGAAUUUGGGAAAGACCGUUUGUAAUAGCCCCACUAAUGGAUUUACUGGGGUCAACUAUUGACAGUGAUACAGUUGCUUGUUGGCAUUCUUUCUCAAUGCAUUCUGGUGGGCUUUUUGAUGCCUGGGAGAAAUUGGGUGGUGAAACACUCACUGGAAAGGAAGGCCUGAAGAGGGUUUUGCCCAUUGGAAAAGGCUUGUGGGACUGGUCAACUAAAACUUCAGUCAUGGGUAUCCUUAAUCUGACCCCAGAUAGUUUUAGCGAUGGAGGAAAGUUUCAGUCUGUGGAGGCAGCAAUUUCUCAAGUUCGCUCAAUGAUUUCAGAAGGGGCAGAUAUGAUUGAUAUUGGUGCACAGUCUACGAGGCCAAUGGCUUCUAGGAUUUCAGUUCAACAAGAAUUGGAUAGACUAAUCCCUGUUUUAGAGGCAGUUGUUGGGAUGCCUGAAGCAGAGGGAAAGAUUAUAUCUGUGGAUACAUUUUAUUCAGAAGUUGCUGCAGAAGCAGUAAGCAAAGGGGCACAUAUUGUGAAUGAUGUAUCUGCUGGGCUGUUGGACUCUAACAUGUUGAGGGUUGUUGCAGGCCUUAAGGUUCCCUACAUAGCAAUGCACAUGAGGGGGGAUCCAUCUACGAUGCAGAAUAGUGAGAACCUGAAAUAUGAUAAUGUUUGUAAGCAGGUUGCUUCUGAGUUAUACUCGAGGGUGAGAGAAGCAGAAUUAAUAGGCAUCCCAGCUUGGAGGAUGAUAAUUGACCCUGGAAUUGGAUUUUCAAAGAACUGUAAUCACAAUUUGGACAUCUUGAUGGGAUUACCAAAUAUUCAAGCAGAGAUUGGGAGCGAAAGUUUGGCCAUGUCUCAUGCACCUAUACUGAUUGGACCUUCCAGAAAGAAAUUUUUAGGUGAAAUUUGUAGUCGCACCGCUGGAACUGAGAGAGAUCCUGCUACUGUUGCUUCUGUCACUGCUGCAGUUCUGGGCGGAGCAAAUAUUGUAAGAGUACAUAAUGUAAGAGAUAAUGUAGAUGCUGUAAAGGUAUGCGAUGCAAUGCUGAGACACAGGAAAUCUGUUUCUCCAAGUUAA